AUGGCCGUCGUUAAACACGCGCGCCGCAAGGGCGUGGGGCGCGCCCUGCUCAGGCACAUCGAGACCACCCCGCCCGUGGAGGCGGCGAGGGGCCCGUUCUUUUGCUACGCCAUUAAGGAACAGGAGCUGUUUUAUAGGGAGUGCGGCUGGAUCGUCGAGGAAGGCCAUCAGGUUGACGCGGAGGCUGGCAUUCCGCAUAUUGCUAUGCUGCUUAGGAGAAGGCCCAGGGGCUCCCCACAUACCAACGAUGCCUUGACGCUUUCGCAUGUCAUGGUCAGGACCUGGGACAUUUCGAGGGCGAGACGUUUUUAUUCCCUCCUCGGCUUUCAGGACGUCACCAGGUUUAUGACCAGCGGCGUAAAGGCCGUUUGGAUACAGUCCCCGUACAUCGACCAAAAGAUCGAGCUCAUCGAGGUCAAGAGCCUUUUCAAAAACAAGCCGGAGCCGAAAAACAGUGCAUCGCUGUUGCCCGGGCUCGGCCAUAUCGCCAUAGACCUGUCGCGCGCGUGCACGGACCUGAGCAAGUUUCUCCUCACCGUACAGAAGGAGUCAAUACAGCGCUUCCAGAUAAAGCUGGGCCUGCUGGAGCGCCCGCGGGAGAUGAUCCUGGGCAAUAUCCGCACCGAGACCGCCUUCAUGACGGACGCCGACGGCACCAUCAUCGAGCUCAUGCGCUUCAUCGGCCGCGUGGACGAGACCGCCGCACCGGACGCCCAAUGGUAGUCAGACUCUGGCGCGCGACUUGCUUUUCCGUUUUAUCCUUUUUAUUGGCCUGUCGACGGGGCCGCUCUGCCUGUGGAGUCUUUCACAGGCCGUGUAUUUAAGAGUGACGACGAGAGAGAGAGAGAGAGAGCGAGAGAGAGAGCUAGUAACUAUGUAAGAAGCCCCGCACCCCACAUUAGCUGCAUAUCAGAUUGUACAAAAGUUAGGCCGUGAUGCGGAGUGCGGCAUCAACCCCCCUUCCUCCUCCCCACGUCGAACCCGAGCCCCGUAACAUCAGGCCACGCCAUCCUCGACGCGACUCUUCCAGUUUCAAAAAAAUCCUGACCACCA